AUGCUAAAAAUUCUAAUUCCAACCCUUAUGCUAAUCCCAACAACAUGGUUAACAAAACCAAAGUGACUCUGACCUUCAACACUAGCCCACAGCCUUCUCAUCGCCGUGUUUAGCUUAACAUGAUUUGCUAACAUGAGUGAGACGGGAUGAACUAGCCUUAGCUAUUACCUGGCCACCGACUCCCUGUCGACCCCACUUCUUGUUCUCACUUGCUGACUACUUCCACUCAUAAUUAUUGCUAGUCAAAACCAUACAGCUACUGAGCCCUGCAACCGCCAACGAGUUUAUAUUACCCUGCUAACAUCUCUCCAAAUUUUCCUUAUCCUAGCAUUUGGUGCUACUGAGAUCAUCAUGUUCUACGUCAUGUUCGAAGCCACUUUAAUCCCCACCCUUGUAAUUAUCACACGAUGGGGGAACCAAACAGAACGUCUAAACGCAGGUGUAUAUUUUCUAUUUUAUACCCUCGCAGGCUCCUUACCCCUUCUCGUUGCCCUCCUUCUACUUCAAAACAGCGCAGGAACGCUCUCCUUAUUAACCAUCCAAUACUCAGACCCCUUCCAUCUUUCUACUUUCGCGGAUAAACUAUGGUGAGCAAGUUGCCUUCUCGCAUUCCUUGUAAAAAUGCCAUUGUACGGAGUACAUCUUUGGCUCCCAAAAGCACAUGUAGAGGCCCCCGUUGCUGGUUCUAUGAUUCUGGCUGCCGUACUUCUAAAACUUGGGGGUUACGGAAUAAUUCGCAUAAUUCCCAUCCUUGACCCUUUAACCAAAGAAUUAGGUUACCCCUUUAUCAUCUUUGCCCUCUGGGGAGUGGUAAUAACUGGGUCUAUUUGCCUCCGGCAAACAGACCUGAAAUCACUAAUCGCCUACUCUUCAGUCAGUCACAUAGGUCUAGUCGUAGCAGCUAUUCUUAUCCAGACCCCCUGAAGCUUGUCCGGUGCUUUAAUUCUUAUAAUUGCCCACGGACUUGCAUCCUCCGCUCUCUUUUGCCUAGCUAAUACAAAUUAUGAACGGACACACAGCCGUACAUUAUUACUAGGUCGAGGACUACAAAUAGCCCUCCCUCUAAUAACAACAUGAUGGUUCAUUGCAAGCCUUGCAAACCUUGGAUUACCCCCACUUCCGAAUCUCAUGGGAGAAUUAAUAAUUAUUACUUCACUAUUUAGCUGGUCCUGGUGAACUCUCGCCCUGACUGGCGCAGGCACUUUAAUUACUGUCAGCUACUCUCUUUAUAUGUUCAUUAUAACUCAACGGGGACCUCUUCCCGCACAUAUAAUUGCUUUAGACCCCUCCCACACUCGGGAACACUUAAUUAUAGCCCUUCACCUUAUCCCCCUCCUUCUGCUUGUGCUUAAGCCCGAAUUGGUCUGAGGCUGAGCCGCAU